AUUUAUAUAAAUUAAAAUAAAAAUGGAUGCCGGCCGCUUCAACACAGAACGUCAGCAGAAUCCGCGGGAGAAAGCUAGUUUGCUGUCUAAAAUAUGUUUCUGGUACACUCGACACAUAUUUCUAUUAGGAAGAAAACGCCAAUUGACUAUAGAUGAUUUAUACAGAUGUUCCCCGCACCAUAGAGCUGCGUUGAAUGGAGAAAAAUUAGGGGCAAAAUGGAAAGACGAGUUAGAUGAACAGAUGCGAGGCGGAAAUCCUUCUUUACUAAGAGCAAUAGCAAGGAUUUACGGACCAAAGUUCUUCCUUUUUAAUAUAACGUUUGCGAUAAUAGAUUCUUGUAUAAGAAUAACAAUACCAAUGUGUUUAGAAGCUGUUAUAAACUAUUUCUCCCCCUCCCACUCCGGGAUGUCAGAUAAUGAAGCGUAUAUGUAUGCGGCUGGUAUUGUGGGCCUAAUGCUUCUGAGUGCUGUUGUGACACACUCCAUGCUACUUUUUCAAUUUGAAAGUAGCAUGCUACUUAUGAGAUCUUGUUCGUCAUUGAUAUACAGAAAGCUUCAUCACCUAAAUCUAACAGCUGGAAAAGCAUCAGAGGGUCUUACAGGAUAUAUAGUUAACUUACUUACAAUAGACGUUGAAAGAUUUGAAAUAGCGGCCAUAUAUUUAAUAGAUUUAAUUAGAAUACCUAUUGAGAGCUCUGUAAUAAUAUAUUUAAUGUACCGCCAUGUUGGAUAUUCGGCAUUACUCGGUGUUGGAUUUCUGCUGCUUUUUAUACCGUUUCUUAGUUAUUUGGGUAAAUUGGCAAGCAAAUUAACAGAAAAGGUGACAAUUAGAACUGACAAUAGAAUUCGACUCAUGAACGAAGUUAUACAAAGUAUUGAAGUUAUUAAAAUGUACACUUGGGAGAAAGCCUUUGCAAAUAUCAUUGGAACUGCAAGAAGAAAAGAACUAAACAUGAUUAAGAAAAUAACAUGGAUAUACGCCAUGAUGUUUUCCUGUGCCAAACUAAACACGCAAAUAGCGCUCCUCAUAACCAUCCUGUCAUACAUAGCAUUCGGUAACUCGAUAACGGCUGCGCAGAUUUUCGUGAUAAUCUCCUAUUAUGAGAGUCUAAGGAUGUACACGGUUGAGGCUUUUCCGUUGUCUAUAACUAUGACUUUGGAAGCUUAUGUCAGUGUUAAGAGGAUUCAGGAAUUUUUAAUGUUACCUGAAGUGAAGUCUAAGCGAGGGAAUGGAUACACUAAAACUAUUUCAAAUAAAAUGGAAGACCUAGUACAGUUCAAGAAUUUCACAACACACUGGAUAAAACCAGAAAUAUCUGGUAGUAAGAAAGCAGCGUUGUCUCAAAUCAAUUUGACGAUAAAAUCUCAAACUCUGACUACUAUUAUAGGCACAGUCGGAUCAGGAAAGACAACAUUACUACUAGCCAUGUUAGAAGAACUACCACCAAGUGAUGGUAGUUUGGAAAUUAAUUGUAGUAUGUCCUAUGCUUCACAGGAAUCUUGGCUUUUUGACGCAUCUGUACGUCAAAACAUAAUAUUCGGGCAAGAGUUCGACAAGGAGAGAUACUAUAAAGUGAUCAAGUGUUGUCAAUUGGAAGCUGACCUAAGUGGUUUCUUGCAUGGAGACCAAUCUCUUGUGGGAGAAAAAGGAGUAACAUUAUCUGGAGGUCAGCGAGCUAGGAUAUCUUUAGCUCGAUGUGUUUAUCAAAAGGUUGAUUUAUAUCUAUUAGAUGAUCCGUUGGCAGCUGUGGAUGCUAAGGUAUCCCAAGCAAUAUACAAGCAAUGCAUCCAGGAGUUUCUCGCAAACAGCACAGUGGUACUCGUCACACAUCACUUACAUUACGCGAAGCAUGCUGAUAAUGUGUGUGUGAUGAAGGAGGGAAAGAUUGUAGCUCAAGGCACAUACCAAGAACUACGGAACCAAGUGUCUGAGUUUGAAGAAUUUGAAUCGGGAGAUCAUACAGAAAAUGCCACUCAAGAUGUUAUGCUUAAACACAACACACCGAACGUUAUUCAAGAGAAAUUAAAGAGACAGAAAUCAUUAUCUGAAUCAAUUCAUAAUGUAGAUGAAAAUAUAUCGGGACCUGAACAUCAAGAUGAAGACCAAUCAGAAGGCGCGGUAUCAAGUAGUGUGUAUAUAUCUUACAUCCGAUGUGGGGGCGGCAAAAUUGCUAUACUAUUAUUGAUGUUACUCUUCAUGACUGGACAAGCGUUUUAUUCGUCAACUAAUUUGUGGCUUACUGAGUGGGUAAAUGUUGAAGAAACCAAUAGUGCUACAAAUGUAAUAAAUUCUACUUCUAUCGCUAAUAAAACAUCGAUAAAUAAUAAUACAGUUGCAUAUGAAGAGUUACAAACGAACAGACUGCACUUAGUCAGAGAGGAAUACGUCUAUAUAUACGUAUCUCUAAUUGUUGUGUGUCUGUUUGUCACAUGGACGAAAUUAUUGUAUUUCUAUAAAACUUGCCUUCGAGCGUCUGUUAAGUUGCAUGAAAAUAUGUUUGAGGGUGUGUCAAACGCACCAAUGUGGUUUUUUAAUCACAAUCCUUCUGGAAGGAUCUUGAAUAGAUUCUCAAAUGAUAUGAACCAAGUGGAUACCAUGUUACCUUGGACUUUGUCGGAAUGUUUAUCUUUCUUCCUGGAAGUGGUAGCGGUACUAAUAAUAGUGUGUUUGGUGAACUGGUGGCUAGUGUUGCCCACAUUAGUGGUGGGUUCAGUGCUGUGGGUUCUGAGGGCAUUGUUCCUCACCACGAGUAGAGAGGUGAAGAGGGUUCAGGCUAUUUCUGUAAGCCUAACCCUAAACCACGCGACCUCCACGGUAUCCGGGUUAACAACAAUCCGAUCCACAACAACAGCACCAACUCUGGUACGUGAGUUCGAUUCCCUGCAAGAUCUGAGGACAUCAGCGCAGACUAUAGAACUCACUACAGAUAGAGCGUUCGGUUUUUGGAUGGAUAUCGUUUGUUGUUUAUAUUUGGGAUGUAUUACGUUUAGUUUCUUUGUUUUUGGAGAUACAAUGGGUGGUAACGUAGGUCUUGCUAUCACACAAGCACUAAGUUUGGUCGGCAUGUGUCAGAUUGGUAUGCGACAAACUGCUGAAGUGGAGAAUCAUAUGACUUCUGUCGAAAGGCUUCAAGAAUAUGCAGGUUUACCACCCGAAGAGCCUAUGGAGCCAGAUACAAAGGCUUUAAGGCAAUAUCCAAGUUUUGAUUUUAAAACGUGGCCUGAAAAAGGUGAAAUAUCAUUCAAAGAUGUAUAUCUAUACUACGAUAAACCACCAAACAAAGACAAACAAACAGACACAACUCCAGCAUUACGUGGAGUUUCGUUUACAAUAGACGCGGGGGAAAAAGUCGCGGUUGUUGGUAGAACUGGGGCGGGAAAGAGUUCCUUGAUUUCAGCUUUAUUUGGGUUACACCGCACAACGGGUACAAUCACGUUAGACGGUGUGUGCGUUACUACAGCCGGGUUGCGCUUACGUCGCUCCCGCUUGUGUGCGUUACCGCAGCGAGCCGCGCUGUUUGCGGCCAGUUUGCGGGAUAAUAUGGACCCCGCGGGACAGAGGGUUGAUGCUGAUAUUAACACUGCGUUGAGUGAGGUGGAACUUGACACCCUUAUUUCUAACCUCCCUGGUGGUUUAAACUCCCGGUUAGGGGAUGGGGGUGGAAACUUAUCUAGCGGUCAGAGACAGUUACUAUGUCUAGCUAGGGCUGUGCUUGCGAAGCGAAAUGUGCUUGUGUUGGACGAAGCUACAGCUAAUGUUGAUACGGAGACAGACAGACAGAUACAAAAAACAAUAAGGAAUAAAUUUGCGAACUCAACAGUGCUAACGAUAGCGCAUAGACUGAACACUGUCAUGGAUUAUGAUAGAGUUUUGGUAAUGGACAAAGGUCGUAUAGUAGAAUCCGGACAUCCAUACGAACUUUUGGACACAUCCAAACAUCCAAAUGGAUUGUUUAAGAAUAUGGUAGAACAGACGGGACCAGAAUCUAGCGGAGUGUUGCAUAGAAUGGUGGAAGAGAGCUACCAAAAAUUGCAAACUAAGAAGAAUGUUUAG